UAUCGAUAUCAUACUACUACAUUCUCGAUUCAAGAGCAUGUCCAACCGCCAUGUUCCAGUGAAUCUUUUUGGAGACAAUGGGAUGAGGGCCAAUCUACCUAUAAAUCUGAUCAAUGUCGCAGACACGCAGGAGAUCCCAAACUCCCAGGAAAUAUUCGUGUACCGUGACUCUGGUGCAAGCAUUAUCAUCGACAUCCUUCAAAAAGUCGAUAUCGAAGAUCCGGAAGCGGCAGCAAAAUUCCACCUCGAUGUAAUAGCAGAGGAUAAUGAUUCAAUGGAACAUAAUUCCAUCAUUAUUCAAAGACCCAUCACCAAUGAACUUUCUCCAAUUUUGCUCGACGGAGGUCAGGUUCUACGGAAAGCUGGGUCAAUCCACCACCUUCGCACCCUAUUUGCUCUUUUCCGAGUCAGAGGAAAGAACCACGAUGUCGUUGUCUCGUUCAACAUUCCGAUUGAAACGGGACAAGGCCGUGGAAGAAAUGGAGCCGUUACGGUGGAACAGGAACAGCUCAUCGCAUCGGAUUUCUUCAAGGCAGUAGAUUCUCUGAGAGUUGUCGAUUACAACCUUUUCGCAGUCUAGGCCUCCUACAUAACGGACUCUACAGUUCAAUAUGACUUUCUCGGACCCGAUUGCUAGAUCUUAACAUCAAUAAUAUCUGGGGUUUGAUCUUCUGAGUGUUAUGAACUUUGUUUUCAGAAACUCGAUCCCCAUCUCAUACCAGUACAUAUAUAUCGGCGGUUUAAUUGCAUCCUUUUAUCAUCAGC